AUGGCUGGCAAAAGAAAGAUCAGCGCUAAAAGCGAAAAUGAUGCCUCCGCAGUAACUAUUGCUGCUCCCACCGAGGAAAGCUUUCCUCGUGGUGGUGCUAGCGCUUUGACUCCUCUUGAGCACAGAGAAAUCUCCAACAAAGUUGCCAAAGAUCUGUUUGCCUCGACCAAAACUUCAGAUGCUAGUGUAGUUGCUGAUAGCGAAGAGCCUGCUAAAAAGAAGAGAAAGCCUUCCAAAAAGUCCAAGAAGGCUGUUGCUGUCAAAGAGGAAAAGCCUAAAUCUGACAAAACUUACAUUGAGCAAUUAAACUUUAAGAAACUGACAGUUGGAACAUCAUUCUUGGGCUGCAUUUCCCACAUCAAUGAAUUGGAUUUGUUUGUUUCAUUGCCACAUCAGCUUGUCGGUGUUGUGCCCAUCACUGAAAUUUCUGACGCUAUCACAGCCAUUGUCGAGAAAGUUGCCAACGAGGACGAAGAUGAGGAUAUGGAAGGCGAAUCUACUGCAUUGCCCAACUUGGCUGAUUUGUUCUACGUCGGUCAAUGGGUUCGCUGCAAGAUUACCUCUAUUCAAACCGAUGGAAAGAAAAUCAUUGAAUUGAGUUUGAAGCCUAGCCUUGUAAAUGAAGAUAUUGUCAAGGUCGAUAUUACUCCUGGUGUGACUCUAGGUGCAACUGUCAAGAGUGUGGAAGAUCAUGGUUAUGUUUUAGAUUUAGGUGUGAAGGAUUUAGCUGGCUUUUUGCCCCUCAAAGAGUCAAAGAGCUAUAUCAAAAAGUACAACCGUGAUGAGGAACUUGCUGUUGGACAAUAUGUUGAAUGCGCUAUUGAAAAGGCAGAUGCUCGCACAGCCAAUGUCACUAUUGACCGCACCAAGAUUGGUCAUGCCGUUGUCGAGGAUCCCUUCUCUCGCAUCACCUCAGUACUUCCCGGUCAGUUAGUCACUGGUGUCAUUGAUGCUGUUCAAAGCAACGGUUUGGGGGUCAAGAUGCAAGGUCUUUAUGCUACAACUAUUGAUCAGUCUCAUAUUCCUGCCUCUCAAGAUAUUGAAAAGGAGUACAAAUUGGGACAAAACAUCACUUUCCGUACCUUGUUCACUAUCCUUAACACAGAAGACAAGAAGAUUGGUGGCUCCGUUCUUCAACAUAUUUUGGAGUUAGAUGUCCCCACUGUUGCUGGUGACAAGAAGUCUGACAAAUUCAUUGCACAUAUGUUCCCUGCUGGUUCUUUCUUGGAGAAGGUGCAAGUGGCCCGUGUUAAUAACACUGGUGUUUGGGUCACUUUGGACGGCGUCUCUGGUGUUACUGGCUAUGUCCAUGUCUCUCGUCUUGCAGAUGAACACAUUGCUACUGUCUCUGGAACCACCGGCAAGUUCAAGAUUGGCAGUACUCACCGUGCUCGUGUUUUGACCUACAAUCCUGUCGAUGCUGUGCUUGUCUUGACUCUGCAACCCAGUGUAUUGGCUGAAAAGUUCUUGCGUGUUGCUGAUAUCGAGAUUGGCUCCAUGGUAGAGUGUGAGGUUGAAAAGCUCAUCGAUGCUGGGAUCAUUGUCAAGGUCUCUAAGUCUAUCAGUGGUCUGGUGCCUACUAUGCACAUGGCUGAUGUCAAGCUCACUCGCCCUGAAUUCAAGUUCAAGGUUGGCAAGAAGAUUCAAUGCCGUGUUUUCAAGGUGGAUUUAAUGAAGCAGAAGGUCUUUUUGACCCUCAAGAAGUCUUUGAUCAACAGUGAAUACCCCAUUUUUAAGGAUAUUAACGAGAUUAACGUGGACGAUCAAAGUCAUGGUGUGAUUGUGGCCAUCAAGAACAAUGGCUGUGUCGUUUCUUACUACAACAAUUUGACCGCUUUCGCUCCUGGCAGUGAAAUGACUGAAACCCACGUAGCCAACUUGGGUGAGGUUUUCAAUGUUGGCCAAACUGUCAAGACAACUGUAUUGAAGGUGGAUCCCGAAGAGAACAAAAUGCUCGUUUCUUUCAUCAACAGCAAGAAGAAGAAGGAGAAGCAGGCUGAAAAGAAGGCCAAACUCGAUGCCAAGCACGAAGCCAAGAACGACGCUUUUGCUCCUGGUAAGAUCAUCACUGUCACUAUCAAGAACAUCAAAAAGACCCAUAUGACACUCUCUCUUCCCAACGAGCUUGAAGGCCGUAUCCAUGUUUCUGAAGUCUACAACUCAUUUGAUGAUAUCAAGAACCCUAAGGCUCCUCUGAGUCAGUUCAGGUCCAAGCAAGAGAUCCAAGUCAAGAUCUUGGGUGUUCGCAACACAAAGCUCAACACCUACUUGCCCAUUACUCACGCUGCCAAGGUCAAGCAACAUGUGGAUUGUUCUCUUCGUUUGGACAGUGAGGAUGAUGAGAGUGCUCGUGAAAUCCGCAACAUCAAGACAGGCGAUGAGUUUAUUGGUUUUAUCUCUGACAUUCAUCCUGCUUAUGCUCGUGUCAGUAUUGGAUCUCACACUACUGGUACCAUGCAAAAGCAGCUUGCCUCUUCAGAUCCCAAUGUCUGCAACAACCUCGCCAAACACUUUGUCAGUGGCCAAGCUAUUCGCGCUGUUGCACUCUCUGUCGAUGCCAACAAGAAUACGAUUGAAUUCAUGAACGCUGAAGAUCCCAAGGCACCUCGUAUCACUGACAUUUCGGAUUUAGAAGAAGGUCAAAUAAUGAACGCUGUGGUCAAAUAUACCAACAAGGUCAAUGGCGUCUCUGUCAACAUCACUAGCAAGAUUGCUGGUAAAGCUUAUUUGACUGACAUUGCUGAUACUUACACUGAAGACCCUACUGCUUCUUGCACUGAAGGUCAAGUAGUGCGUGUGGCCAUCAUCAGUGUCAAUAAGGAAAGAGGUCAAGUCGAUGUCUCCAUGAGACCCUCUCGCAUCUAUCCCGACAUUGAAUCCAACGAAGUCAAGUCAUUUGAGGACAUCAAACGUGGUCAAGUGUAUGAAGGUUAUGUCAGCAAUAUUGCUGCUGUUGGUGUCUUUGUCAAGCUGAACCACUCCAUUGCUGCUCGUGUCAAAAUUGCCAACUUGUCUGAUUCUUUUGUCAAGGAAUGGAAGGACAUCUACAAGCUCGGUCAGCUCGUCAAAGCCAAGAUCAUCUACAUUGACCACGACAUGAAGCGUCUUGAAGCUUCUCUUAAGAAGAGUGUCGUUGAAGGUUCAUCAUCUAGCACCAGGAGUGGUAAGAAGGAACAACAGGCCGAUGAUUCUGAUAGCGACGAAGAGAUGCCUGAAGUCGAUGAUUCAGAUGAAGAAAUGGAAGAAGCCGAUUCUGAUGCUGUGCAAAAUGUCGACUCUGAUCAAGAAGCUGAACAAAGCGAUGAAGAAGAGGAAGAAGAGGAAGUAUCAGCACCCGCACCUGCCUUGAACAUUGAUAGCUUUGACUGGACUGGUAUCAACAACAGAGUCGAUUCGAGCGACGAAGAAGAAGAAGAGGAGGAGGAUUCCGAUGACGAAGAAGACAAGUCGAAGGAUAAGAAAAAGAAGAAGGAAGUUGAAGAUUUGACAGCAGAGCUCAAUACCAACGCUCCUCAAACAGCUGGCGACUUUGAACGUCUCUUGGUUGGUUCUCCCAACUCUUCCUACUUGUGGAUCAACUUUAUGGCUUAUCAGCUUCAAUUGUCUGAAAUCGCCAAGGCCCGUGAUAUUGGUGAACGUGCACUCAAGACUAUCAGUUUCCGUGAGGAGCAAGAAAAGAUGAAUGUGUGGGUUGCUCUUCUCAACCUAGAGAACAAUUUUGGCACAGAUGAGACUCUUCAAGAGGUAUUUAAGCGUGCAUUAGUCUACUGCGAACCCCUCAAGGUAUACCUCCAACUUGUCAAGAUUUACGAGCGUAGUGACAAGCAAGACAAGGCUGAAGCACUCUGGGAAGAAAUGACCAAGAAGUUUGGUUCUCAAUCACCUGAAGUCUGGACAGGCUUUGGACUCUACUAUCUUCAACAUAGUAAGCCCGACGAAGCUCGUGAAUUACUCCAAAAGAGCCUCAAGGUCUUGCCAAAGCACGAACAUGUACAAACCAUUGUCAAGUUUGCUCAAUUAGAGUUCAAGCAUGGUGAAGCUGAACGUGGUCGUACCAUCCUGGAAGGUGUGAUGAGCAACUAUCCUAAGCGUUUGGAUUUAUGGAAUAUUUAUAUUGACAUGGAGAUCAAGACGGGUGACACUGAAAUGACUAGACGUUUGUUUGAGCGUGUUGCCUCUAUGAAGUUUUCAUCCAAGAAGAUGAAGUUCUUGUUUAAGAAAUGGAUUCAAUUCGAAAAGGCUCAUGGUACUGAGGAUGAUGUACAAAGAGUCAAGGAAAAGACACUUGCUUAUGUUGAAAGCAUGUCAUAA